AUGGGUGGUCAUGGCUACCCCAUGUUGCCACUUCAGCGGGCCGAACUGAUCGAAAUACUUUGGCAGAGUAUAUCGAAUCGCGAGAAGGUUAUCAGAACAGGAGCCAAGGUGGUCAGAAUCGAAGCCACGGAUAGCAAUGUCCAUGUGCAUCUAGCAGAUGGCACGGUCGAGACAGGAUCAAUAGUCAUUGGGGCUGAUGGAACCCAUAGCAUGACCAGGACCUAUAUUCGAGAACUGACACAGAAGUCGGACACUCCGCCAUCCUCUGAUAUCGCCGAAGUCCCAACGGUUUCGCACUUCUACAGUAUCUACGCCGAAGGUCCGAACCGUCAUGGGAUUCAAAGUGGCAUUUUCUAUGAGACCAGAGACACGGGCAUGGGCAUCCAGCUGGGGACCAACGUUGAAAUGGUCCGUCUCGUCUUGUACAAGAAGCUACCCAAGCCACUGUCGGAGCGUGUCGAGUAUACAAGGGAGGAGAUGGAAGAGUUCGCCCAGUCUUUUUUCGACAUUUCGGGAGCUCCUGGUGUCACGAUUGGAGACAUUUGGCCUGACAUAAACAAAGACUCGGCUCGAUUGGUGAGCCAGGAAGAAGGCUUCGCGGCGCGAUGGCACACGCAACGCGUUGUUCUCACAGGUGACGCGGCAGUGACAAGCUCGAGCGUGAAUGGACUCGGUGUCAACUGCGGUAUGCACUCAACAGCCUUGCUCGCAAGCGAGAUCCAAAAGGUCGUUUCCGCCAACGCAAACCCAGAUUCCACAUCGCUCGAGCAAGCCUUUGCUCGGUACCAACGGUUUCGCGCAAAGGAACUCAAGCGCAUCUAUGACGUUGGCUAUAUGAGCAUGCGCCAGUUGACCUGGGAGUCCUGGUCGUCUUGGUUCAUCGAUCGAUUCGCGAAGCGCUGGAUCAGUUCCGACACGCUGAUAAAGCAGUUUGCACACCCCAUGGUCCGCAACGGUCAGAUUCUCUCCUACGUCCCGUUCGAGGACGUUGAAGCGCCCAUCAAAUGGAGAUGGUACCCGGAUGCUACCGCUUAG